GGAUGCCUAUCAUCCUCAGGCUAUGAGGGAUCGCCUAAGUAAGUAAGUAAGUUGGAUUCGCCUGCCAAACUUGUCCAAUGCUACCAUCAAAAGGCAUCCCAAGGAAGCUGCUUCCUUGCCUUGCAGCACUGCAUUAGGAGGUUUGGCCGGUUUUCUCCCUCCUCCAACUUGCAGGUAAAGGGUUACAACAGAGAGUCUCCUAGGACGUCUUCAAUGCAAACUCUGUGUGUGUGUAUGUUUGUUUUUUAAAGGGCUUUUCUUUUCCUCGGUGGUCACAUGACGCCCGGCUGCCCAAUGGCACCCAGGGCAAGCUGCCUAAGAGGUCAGGCAAACUCGCUCCGGGCUGGAAAAAGGGGCAGUUUUGUGAGGCUGCCUUUCUUUCCCUUUUCGCCUUCAAAGGAGGCAGCCCGGCUUUGGCGAUGGGAGAAGCUGAGCAGCAGCCUGGAAGGCGCAGAGGCUGCAGGUGCUAUUGCUCAUCAAGACAGUAAAUCAUGAUCCUCCAGCUCCCACUGAUUUAUUGAUAUCAAACAAGAAGAAUCCAGAUGGGGUGCAGGUGCUGUAAAAUGAUACAAAGCUACAUCUUUGAUCCCCAAGAAGUGCAAACAUCUGAGUACAUCAGUGAAAUAAACAACUACAAGUUUGGCGAGCAAGACAGAAGCAAAUUCAAAAUCAGGCACAACAAUAACAUUCAGGUACAAAAAAAUGAAUUGCAGAAUUCUGAAGUGCAACCAGCAGCAAACAGGAACAAAUUAAACAACACCAAGGAUGCUACUCAAAACCACAGAGAGGCUGCUCUUCUUGGCGAAGGGCUUGGGAACUCUACUGCAAAGUGCAAUGGUAUCCAUUCCUCUCCCGUUCUCAACAAAAAUCAAAGUAAAGAGGUCAACAGCACACAGAGGUGCUCCAGUGAAUUAUCGGAUUCUUCGGAUAAAAGGGUUUCCCAGUCACAGACUUGUGAUAAUCAUGAGACUCAAAAGACUGAAGGUUCUCCAGAGUUAUCAUUAGGAACAGCACAUUCUGUCCACCAUGUGGAAUCUCAGUGUAGAGGUAAAAACACUGCUUCCACUCAAGGUGUCAUACAGAAUGACCGAGGCAUUGGCACCCACCAAACUGGACCCAAUGAUCCUGGCGAUGUUGGGAAACUAAUUGCAGUCAGAAGCAAGAGUCCAUUGAGCCAUCACGCUCAUGCAGAGCAAAGUACAGAAUGCAUGUCCGCGAGCCGGCCUAGUAAAGACCUGACAUGGGAGUCCAAAAGCUGUAAUUUAGGAGAAGAUGCCUGUAGGACAGGCCUGUUAAACCCUUGUUUUGAGGACCAAAUAUCCAGUGAUCCCCCCUCUCCAUGUACCAAGGCAGAUGUAGCAUCAGAAAACAAAUAUGACGGCCAUGAAGAGGCUAAAGGAGAGCCAGAGGAUGAUGAUGCAGAUGUAGCUGAGGCACUUGCAGCACUUGAGGCUGCCACAGCAGGAGAAGAUUCAGAGGAGGAGGAAGAGGGCUAUUAGAAGACAAUCAAUAUACUCCUAAGGUUCUCUCCAGGAUUUGUGAGAAAUGCUACAAUGCAGGCUCAGUCUUUGAGGACAACAGUUGUGGGUCUUUGCCCAGGACAUCUACAACUGGAAGGAGUGUGUUAUCAAGUUGAGUGAGUUACUUAGCAAAAGCAGCUGCUGCAGUCCCAGUUGCUGCAUCUUCUCCAAGAUAUUGCUGCGGUACUUACAUCAUCCAGACUAAUGCUUUUGUGCCAGUGAUCUAUGCCACAGUGAACAGACAAUAGAUCAAUAUUUAUUGGCAGGUCUCAGGGUGAUUUGCAAUAGAUUGGCAAGGGCUUCCAGCUCCCACCCUUGAUUUUGUUUACAGCAACAGCAAACGGAUUCUUUCGUGACUGCUGAAAUGAAGAAAACUUGGGGCCACCAGGAAUAGACCUUUGUGUGAAUGAGAUUGUUGGCUCAGCCCAGUUCUGGUACAGAACAGGCAUUCCUUGACUCAGAAGGCACUCGGGCAAUCCUCUUUCAUUUCCUCUUUUUGCAGAAAACUAUCCUGAGUCUGCCAUUCUCUCCUCGCGCUCCUCCACUUCACCCACCUCCACUCCAUAUUGUCUGCUAGUCAAGGCAGUUUGCUGAGAGGAUGGUGGUGCCAGCUGUAACAAAUACCAGAAAGAAAAAGGAAAGGUUGCUAUAGAUCUUUCACACAGAAAGAACGCUAUUCAGAACACUUAUAUGUUGGUCAAAUUCUCUUUGACAAAAAAGCAGGAUAUUCUUGGUUAGCGAAAGCAUUCCACGUCCCUUUGGGGCAGAAACAAAAAAAAGUAUGUUGAAUCUUUAUCCUGCCACACAUCCAGAUUAUACAGGAAUUUUCUUGAUCCUCCAGGGCUCACAUGCACUGGGACAUUCCACUUGUCUCAAAGCGAACCUGCAAAAUAGUCAGUUUUAACUAACUGUUGGCCAAACCUACCAACAGAAUUUUCUUCUCCAAAUUUUCAGCUAUGCCAAAAAAAAAAUCCUCUCCUUUUCUACUUUUUUUUAAGUUUAGGGGAGGGCAAUGUAUUCCAGGCAGCAGUGUUGGCUUGUUUAUUUACACUACACUCAGCAACAGCAUUACUCAGUUAAAUCUGAUUGAAUGCAUAAAGUGGGCCCUUGGUAUCCACUGCAGUUUGGUUCCAGGAUUCCCAGUGGAUACCAAAAACCUUCGAUACUCAAGUCUCAUUAUAUAAAAUGGCAUCAUAACAUGGUGUCCCUUAUAUACAUGGUGAAACUAAGGUUUGCUUUUAGGAAUGAAAAGGCAGAGAAAGAUUUUCAAGCUGUGGAAGGCGGAUCAAUUGACGCAAAAUCCAAAGAUAUAGAGCAGUUGUUCCCAACCUGUGGGCCGCGGCUCACUGGUGGGCCGUGAAACCUAAAAUAAGGUCUACAAGACAUGCAGGGAAAAUCAGCUCUAGAUUAUUAAAUAUGGUUUUCUUUGGGUGAACAGAUGGUGACAACUUUGUGUGUGUGUGUGUGUCAGGAGCGACUUGAGAAACGGCAAGUCGCUUCUGGUGUGAGAGAACUGGCCAUCUGCUAGGACAUUGCCCAGGGGACGCCCGGGUGUUUUGAUGUUUUUACUAUCCUUGUGGGAGGCUUCUCUCAUGUCCCCGCCUGGAGCUGGAGCUGAUAGAGGGAGCUCAUCCGCACUCUCCCCGGGUGGGAUUCGAAUCUGGCAGCCUUCAGUUCACCCAAUCUUCAAGUCACAAGGCUUUAAUCUACUACGCCAUCCAGCAACUGGAUGGCAUAUGUUCUGUAUCAGAAACUAGAGCAGAUGUGGUCUAUCCAAUGCUAUUUUCUGAAUCAGCACCCUAAAUAACCGAAUUGAAUCUAAAGUUGACCAAAAACUGAUUCGUAACCCUUUUGGAACUAAUUUUGGAGAGCGGUCCAUGGUCAAAGUGGUCCCUGGCCAAGAAAAGGUUGGGAAUCACUGAUACAGAGGGUUAACCGUAUGCUGUUUUGAUGUUGCAUCCACAAUUCAGUCACUUCUGAUUAUAUGUGUGAUUGAGAAACCAGUCACAGCCCAGGAGGUCAGGGAGAAAGGAUGGUGCCUUAUAAUAUUAGAAAAACAAAUGAAAAAAUUUAGCCUGUGUGUGCCUUGACAAAACAUCUACACUGUAAUUGUUGAUUUCUACCCAAAAAUCAAAUCGAAGAAUAUUUUGCUUAGUGUUAGUUUUAUGUAUUUUUAUAAACCCUUUUUAAAAAAUCACACCAAAUGCUAAAUAUUCCAAAGUACAUCAAAUUUAACCUAACACAGGUUUCUUCUCUGCAGGUGUUCAAUUUCAUUAUCACUAUGUAACAAAAUUUGAAAAUUGUUUCUGUUCCUGAUUUCCUGCUUAAUUGUGCAGUACUGUACUUACUUUGAAAGCAGUUGUUAUACUCCAGAAACUUCAUUUUUGUGGCUGCCACUGUUAGGAUUUCCUGGGUGUUAGAGGAAGCCUAGGGGCCUCUGGUGGCACAGUGUGUUAAAGCGCUGAGCUACUGAACUUGUGGACCAAAAGGUGCCAGGUUCAAAUCCCAGGAGCAGAAUGAGCGCCCACUGUUAGCCCCAGCUCCUGCCAACCUAGCAGUUUGAAAACAUGCAAAUGUGAGUAGAUCAAUAGGUACUGCUCAGGUGGGAAGGUAACGGCGCUCCAUGCAGUCGUGCUGGCCACAUGACCUUGGAGGUGUCUAUGGAUAACGCCGGCUCUUCGGCUAAGAAAUGGAGAUGAGCACCAGCCCCCAGAGUCAGUCAUGACUGGACUUAACAUCAGGGGAAACCUUUACCUUUACCUUUAGAGGAAGGAAAACUACCCGAAAACAGCAGAGCAUCCAAAAUAUGAACAAAACAGGAUAUAGUUGAGCAUUCAGCUCACAGCAAGCAGAGCGAGAAGUGCCAUGUGGCUGUACAGAAUUUACAGCUUAGGAGACAAAGAUCCAGAGUUAAAUCUUUAAAUGAGAAAAGGUUUAUUCAGCAAAAUAAUAAAUGUAUUUCUUAAUAGUAAAGAACUGAGUCCUAGCUCUUCUGUAACUCCAUCUCUUCCUAGGGUUCAAAAGAGAGGGGAAAAUCUCCAAACACUACAUCUCUCCUGACACACUAGCAGAGAGCGAUCUCAACACAGCACAUAGCAAGAUGUAAAAAUAAAAGGUCAAAGACAAAAGGCAUGUAUCCAUUCUACACAGCCAAUCAGAAUGAGAGUAGAAACAGAGAGGAGAGAAGAAAUAGAUACAUUCCAACUGUCAUUCAGGAGAUAAGGGGAAGGGAUUUCCCUCAGCCUAUUCUAAACUAACUAACACAGUGGUUCUCAAUCUGUGAGUCCCCAGGUGUUUUGGCCUACAACUCCUAGAAAUCCCAGCCAGUUUACCAGCUGUUAGGAUUUCUAGGAGUUGGAGAUCAAAACAUCUGGGGACCCACAGGUUGAGAACCACUGAACUAACUAUUCCUCAUUGAGGACUGGAGACUUGGACAGUGUGGGGUUGAACUCCAAUAUCUACAAACUAUGUUGAAUUAGUUGAAACCAUUGAAAUACUCUAGCAAAAUGUGCUGCAAGAUGCCCAUAAAACAUUUUUUUUGCAAUUUAAUAAACUUUUCUGUUUUUCUGAUAGAACCAAUUAGGAAAUGGCAUUUAUAACCCAUGAACAAAAGUCAUGUUACAUAGUGUUAUUCCUUCUCCCACCAAAGCUUAAUGGUGCUACUUCUCCUUCCAUCUGUAUGUAUACACAGCAGGAAUGUGUCAAUUUAGUCAUGCUGCCGAAGUGCAUCAUUGUCCUUACCACAAAUUCUGACACGUCAAUUUUCAGCACCGACUUGCCAGAGAAAAGCAUGCCGUAGCUUCCAAGCACAAGAGAUUCUUGCUAUAAAAUUAAACCACACAAGAGCAAGGGAUUUGUAUGCUGCAGUCUGGAGUGUGACUAAGUGCAAAUUAACAUGGAACUCAAAUUACACACGCUUGCGAGCAAAUGACAAGUCUUGACAUGCAUUGGUAUGACUACAUUUCUCUUUAUUCGCAAGAAGAAUGUAUGGAAGGAGUCCAUGAAAAGCAUUGUUGGGCAUGACCUAAAAGCUCCCUGUCUAAUAUACAUCACCGUCACGUGGCCCAGUAUCGGUGCACAUAAACUGUAAAAUAAGAUGCCUGUUCCUUGCCAAAAUUCCUCCCUGAAGAGCUUUGUUGUUUGAAUUGUGUGUCUACAGCAAAUCAAAAUCAUUUCCAAAUAUAAUAAAUUUGUCGUUUUCAA